AAUCGUGCAGCCGACAAUCAUUCUUACGUUCCAACAAACCAGAGCGUCAUUAUGAAAACGGAAUUAUUGUUGCAAUUCACCUUACUUUUAACAAUAUUGUUGGUUACGUCGACCGAGGGAUUCUUCUUUGAGUAUCCUAAGAAAGUAGUAUCAAACAUCCUCCAAUCUAUAAAGAGCAAAGUAGAGGCGAAAAGAAAGCCGCAUGCAAUACAACAUUACCACUUACAUUACUAUCCCGUAGUGCAUCCGUUAUCUGGAUCACUAACGAAAGCGCCCAAGAAACACGAACUCGAGGAAAUUCAUCGUGAACGUCUGAAUUCACUCGGAUGGUCGGAUAAUCAAUACAAGUACGUUCCCGUGCCUGAAGUAAAAAUUCCACUAUCAUUAUUCAACACAUGGGAUGACAAUGAAAUAAUUUUAGAAACAGAUCUUUCAGAAACGAUCAAUCAUGUCGAAGAUGAGGGAGUACUCGUUCAAGUUCCAUAUAAUCAAAAAAUCAUCAUUGAGAAUGAUCAUUCCUCUGAUCUUAAAAAGUUAAAACAUAGCUUAGUGAGUAGUCUUCUGAAUAAAAUCUUGAAAUCCAAACAUCAUGUACAUCCAUAAAAACCAAUCACAAAUACACUGAAGAAUGAGUUUUAGUAAUAUUAAUAAUCAGUAUCAUGUUUCGUAUACCUCAAUCUUAUUAAAGAUUCAUUCCGAAAUUAAAGAUCAUUAAUUAACAGAAAUUAUGUUACUAAUAUCAGACACAAAUGUUCAAUUUAAAAGGUUAACAUGAUAGCUGUAGAAAUUUUUUUUAUACGUGGAUGAAAUGAAAAAUAUAAUUAUAUGUAUAUUGAAAAAAAGAAAUAAGUAUAAUUAUGUGUUAUUGAUAAACAAUAAAAUUACAAAAAUUGUAUAAGUAGUAAAGUGUUACUACUAACUACUACAAAGUAUUAAACUAUUUAUGAUUUUCUAAAAAGAAAUGAUAAGAUUUAUCAAUAUCAAGUGAUUACUAUACAGAGUGUUCAACAAAUGUAAUAUUUGUAAUAUUACAAUAAUUUGCACAAUGUAAUAUUUAUAUAGUAAAUAGGACACUAUCCUGAAUAAAAAAAUUUUAGUAUACAUAAAUCGAAAUUCUAAUUGUUUUUCAUAUCUUAGUAUACAAUUUUUUGAUUAAUUGAUAUUCAGAUGUUUCCAAAACACUGCAAACCUUUUAUUUUCCCAUAAAUCAUUAAAUACCCAGGUAAGAGGAUUUAAAAAUUGUAUGAAGUACAUAAAUUUAUUUUCAUUUUUAUUAAAUUUGUAAAUUUGUAUUAAAUUUUUUGAAUUUAAUUUAUUAAAUUCAUUUACAGUGUUUUGAAAACAUAUUAACGUAUAAAAACGUUUAUAUCUCAGAAACAGCUGAAAUUACGACCUAUAUUCAUUAAAGUUUGUUUACUCGGUAUAGUGCAUCUUAUAAGCACAUAAAUAUUGCAGUACUUUGUUCCAACACCCUAUGUAGAAAAUAUUAUUUUCAAAAUUUAUCCAAACCGUACUCAUGAAUUAUAAUUCUAACAUUCUAUAAUAGUUUUAAUGGAGCACAAACAAAUUUAUACUUUUAUAUUAUUGUAGUGUGUUGUUGUUUCUGCUAUAAUUAUAUUUGUUCAUUACAUUGUCAACAAUGAACACUUAAUUUCUACAUUGUUUUCUUUACACUUGUU